AACCCAUGGCCAAAAAUGUUAUAGACAACAUUACAACACAAUUAAUAGCAACAACAGCAAAAACAAGAAUGGGGGAUCUUCCACCAGGUUUUCGGUUCUAUCCAACAGAAGAGGAGCUAGUUUCCUUCUAUCUGCAUAACAAGCUAGAAGAGAGGAGACAAGAACUAAACCGUGUUAUCCCAGUUACUGAUAUUUACAACAUAGAGCCGUGGAAUCUCCCAAAGCUUGCAGGAGAAAGAUGUCAAGGAGACACUGAGCAAUGGUUCUUCUUUGCACCAAGACAAGAAAGAGAAGCCAGAGGAGGAAGACCCAGGCGCACUACAGCUUCUGGGUACUGGAAGGCCACUGGUUCCCCUGGUUAUGUUUACUCAUCAGAUAGCAAAGUGAUUGGGGUGAAGAAAACCAUGGUUUUCUAUAAGGGGAAAGCUCCCACAGGAAGAAAAACCAAAUGGAAGAUGAACGAGUAUAGAGCCAUUGAAGGAGCUGCUGACCCAUCCAAUACUACCGUUCCUAAGCUGAGGCAUGAAUUUAGUUUGUGCCGAGUCUACAUAACAUCAGGGAGUUUUCGAGCAUUUGAUAGACGUCCACUAGAAGCCGUGGCAAGAGAGACACAACUUCUUGGUUAUGCGGCAACAACAUCUGCUCAAGACCAUAGAAUGGUGGACAACUCAAGCUCACCUGACACUUCAUGCUCAGGAGGAGAUCAUGCUGACCUCCCAGGGACAGCAGGAAGUGCCAACGUGGAUAUGGUUGAUGGUUUACCCCAACCACUAUGGGACUGGGAACAACUGAAUUGGCUUUGAUUAAAAGCACAUGUAUCUUAGCAGCCCUGCUGCACAGUUCUAGGUAGCUUUUCUAUGCAAGAAUAGGCAACAUAGGAUAGCUUAACUUCACAAGUAGUAAAUUCUUUUUCCUGCAAAUUAUUGCAUACUAAUGAAAUAUAAAUUUUUUGGUAAGAAAUUUGAAGUUUCAAA